UCACCUCCCCCCUCUUUUAUCCUCUUUCUUGUUUCCCAAAAUAGACUGAAUACCUUGCGUAGUGUGACUCGUCAUAAACAAAUAGAUGAGGUGUUGUGGAAAGGGGCGUUUGAAAUGCCCGAAAUUACUAGAGAAACUCGCAUAAUUUGAAAGGUUUUUGCUUUCGUAAAUCCUGACCCAGGUCCUACUCAUCUGUCAGUCGCUAUGACAACCUCUAACGCCAUGCAUAAACUAUCACAUGCAGCACGAGAUAUUCUUUUGGCAAAAAAAAAAAAAAAAAAUCCCACAAAUAUAGAGCUAAAAUACCAUGGAAUUAUAAAAGAUGGAGGUGAACCUUAAUUCAAGCUCAGCUUUUUCUAAGAAGAAAUCAUCUAAAUCUAGGAUUACAUCAAAAGGAGAUAUCAAUAACAAUUCCAACGUACUCGUCGGUCCAAACGAGUUUCGGAAGAUCAAGACAGCCAGCAUCAAACCGUACGCAAGCAGUGAGAAAGAUGGCUUUCAUACUGAUAAAUUCAAGACAAAAAACAGUGCUUGGACCCCUGUUUUAAACCCAUACAACAAUAACAAGCUUUAUCAAGAGAGAGUGGAUCUUAUUGGACAUUGGUUUUCCAUGUGGACUGAUGCACAAUGCAAAAAAUUCCUGAGCUUCAUUCUUCAGCGAUGUACCAAGUCUCAGAUGAAAUAUCUAAAACUUGGAUACUUCAAUCAUCCAUUACCAAUCUACCACCAAGAUUUUACAACCGUCCUUCCACGCUUUAUUUCUAUGUACAUUUUCUCUUUCCUGGAUCCUCGAAGCUUGUCCAGAGCUGCUAUGGUGUCCUGGCAUUGGAAGUUUUUGUGUGAGCAGGAUGAAAUCUGGAUGCCUAAGUGUCAACGCUUUGGUUGGUUCUUGCCGUAUAAGCCAGACGUGAAUAAAUAUGGUGCAUGGAAGAACCAUUACAUCAUGUGUUACAGUACUUUGGAUGUUGAAGGGCCAUCAGAAGUGAAAAUGGCCGAAAUGUAUGGCCAGUUUGGGGUCGUACCACCAGAUAAGAGAAGCAGCAAGAGGAAGUCUAAAGGGAAGGAGAAAUCUGCAAGGAAAUCAAAAGAAAUUUUAUAUUACAGACAAGAUAAUCAUCGUCCACCAUGGAUCUAUACUGACCAGAAUCCUAAAGACCUCGACGACGCCCGAAAAGCUUUACUAGACGGCUACGAUCCGAAUCACAGUACUGCACUGGAUUCCUUACGCAGAAAGAGACUGGGUCUGAAUACCAGACCCCAUCAGCGGUCACAGACAGCACCGGUGGGCGGCAGCACUAGAAAAACAGAGAGAGCACGAAGUGCAUCCGCAGGGUUUUCGGUGGAAGAGACUCAGCGCUUUGAUCUGGAUGAUAAAGAGCCUUUGAGCUCAACACGAAUGACACUGAGUGAAGCUCUGUCAAUAGAGGCUUGUGUAGACCCCUCUGUAGUCGAACAGGCGUGGCCCAACACAAUUCCUACUUCGCCGGUCCGCAGGAAAGAUCUCACAAGAGGAAUUCAUCCCAGCGCCCACGACUCGGUCACGGGGACAAGACGAUCCACACAGGUAAGGUUACUAAUUCUGGGUAAACCCUUUAACCAUUCAUUCAAAAAUGUUUAUUUUCGUUUUUCUCGCACGCAGUCUUGUCCAGCGGUCGUGUUUAUCUCGUCAGAGGUCCCUGCUCGAGAGGUUCUGUUGUCGUCCGUGUUGUUUGAAACUGUAGCUAUUCCCUACGAGUACGAGAGUACAACUCUAGAAGCAUUACUCGAGAGACUCAAGCUUGUACUGGACGGGCGAGAGGCCAAAUGUGUGGCGUUCUUUGCUGUGGGAGAUUGCGGCACAAUUCGUCUUGUCAGAGGUGGACACGUGACUAGUGCUAGUCUCCAUGAACCGGAAAUGAAGUUCUUCUGGGAGUCUGUGACGACAAGUGUCGUGCACAAGUCACGUGGAGGUCACGUGGACAUCUUUAUACCGCUGACCGAAACAGAGCCCGGUAUGGACUUACUUGUGCAGCUAGGCCUGUUGACAGACAUGCAGAUAUCCUGUCCGACCGGUAUGACCGGAUCCUACGCUGGAGUUGAAAGUGAGUGGUUGUAUGAGCCAGAAGGAGUGAGACCUUCCAGACUCUAUUUCAACACGGAAAAGCUUGGGGCCUGGUCAAAUUUACUCGACUAUCUAGAGGAGUGCUCUUCUCUUGUGCGGGACAAACUUGAGCCGUGCUUUUCCGAGGAGCAUAAGCGACUGUGCCAGCGAGUCAUAGGUGAAAGUGUCUUCAAGUUCUUUGGCUUGUCGUAUGUCGAUCAUUUGUCGGGUGUCGCAAACCUGAUUGUCGAAGCGACAAAUAAGCUUCGCAAAGAAACCACAGAAUACGGGAAGAACGAACUGUUAGAACAAAUUAUAGAGCAACUGCAAGCGGCGAAAGAAGGGCGAGCGUCUCCGAAAAAAAGUAGAAAAACUACCCAGGAAUCGCUUGAGCAAAGUGACGAGGAUGAAUCAGAUGGAAACGACGAAGAGAAGCAUAAGUUUCCCGUGGGGACUGGAAAAUCAGCUGGUGAAAGGCGGACUGCCUUGGCUCAAGAAAUCCUCUCUUCAGAAGUCAGCUACAUGCAGACGCUAAAUAUACUCAAGGAAGUGUUUAAGACACCGCUACAGGCCGCACUGGCAUCAAACAGAGCGAUCAUCAGCCUGCCCAACAUCAACGCGCUUUUCGCCGACACAGACACCCUCCUCGCCAUCAGCAGAGUUAUGGUUGACGAGUUGUCCAAGAGGCUGGCAAAUAACAACUGGGACUCGCAUCAGUGUUUAGGAGAUGUCUUCAUGAAGUUUACCGCACAGCUGAAGGCGUACACUAACUUCCUGAAUAACUAUCCUGUCACGCUAGCGACCUUACAACGGUGUAAGGAACAGAAUCCCCAGUUUCGAGCUUUCCUAAGACGCCACGAAAACCAGCCCAACACAAAAAUGCAGAGUCUCGCGGAGCUUUUUCUUGAGCCUGGAAAACGUUUGAAAAGUUAUAUCGACUUACUCCAAAAGCUGCUUCGCUACACACCAGCUGAUCACGUGGACAGGAGAAACGUCACGCAAGCGAUUGCUCGUAUCCAGGACAUCGCGGAUAUCUUUAAACAGUACAAUGAAAGACUCGAUCGAGAGAGAUCACUGCAAGAGCUCCAGAAGACCAUCUUAAACUGUCCCGUUCUUGCCGAGCGUGGAAGACGACUUAUUCGCGAAGAGGAUUUUGCUCUCCUUACAAGUCCUACAACCGGAAAUGACGUCAAACCUGAAUACAGGUUGUUUUUGCACGUGGGUGACGUCGGCAUGUAUCUGUUUAAUGACUGCUUGGUAGCAGCCGUACUAAAGUAUAAUUUCGUCCCCUUUAAGCGCCUUGUCAGGAGAAGUUAUAAGUUUCAAGCCUGUGUCAGUCUAAAAAAGCUCAAGGUUCAGAAUGUCGUCGACACAAAGCACCUGAAAAAUGCGUUUGUGCUCGUUUCUUCAAAGAGAAUGUGGCUUUGCCAGGCUAGUUCCUGGGACCAGAAAAUCCGAUGGAUUACAGUCCUGGAAAAUACAAUCGUCACCGCAAUUGAAGGCAGAUAGGAAAAAGUAACCGUAAAUACCGUAAAAGCAGGGGGUGGGGCACUGGGGGCACGUGCCUCCCAAUAUUUUCAGAAAUUAUAAGGAAAUGACCAGUAGGGGCGUGGCUGUGCCCCCCAAUAUUUUCUUGAUGUUCCUGUGUAGUGCCGCUUCAAUAUUUCGAGGCCUGCUACGGUACUGAAAUAUUAAAGUUUGCCUUUAAAAAAAAGAUAUAUGUGAGAUCAACUUAUGUGUUUGGUGCCUUAGAUUAUUAAUUAUUUUGAAGUGUUUCAGAAUAAUAUAUUUGUGAAAUAUUUUAAUAUAUUUUUUUGUAAUAUAGACAGCAAAUAAAUUUAUUUAUGUUUUUCCGA